AUGGCUGAGGAAGGGGCGGAGAAGACUGAGUAUGGCUUGGAGAAGUUCCAUCAACUCUUGGAGCUUCUCAUCGCCAACAUUCGCCUCGUGCGGGCCGAGUAUUUGCUGAAGCUGGCGCAAAAGGGGAAGCUUUGGCCAAGGCGCCAGGAGGUAGAGCAGGAGACCUUCACGGACCAGAACGGACGAUCACAGACUGCCUUGGUAACCUUGGAGGAGUACCAGAUGCUCAAGACUGACGGCUCUGAAUCGAAGAGUAUGCACAUUAUCUCCGUAUUUCACUGUUGGGAGGCUGCGCAACAUCCGGACCCUUUCGGAAGCCAGUCACGACGUCUGGCAGAACAGCUUCAGAGGGAGUCUAAAUGGCUCGGUCUGGACAUGUAG